UUUGGAGACGUAGUAACAAGGAAUCAAGAUGAGUUUCACAGUUUUGAUGUUGGUGAUUAUCUGUGGCUCAGUUUUAGUCCAGCAUGGUGACACUGAAACUGUAUUGACAACUGAGACAGAGUCCUGCAUGCCUAACAUGUGUACACUUCGAAAAGUAUUUGGUGCCAUGACAGAGAAGCAGAGCAGCAUGGAGACUAGGCUGAAGGCAAUUGAAAACCAAAUUACUCAACUGAAGAACAAAGAAGCAGUCAAAGUUGUGUUCAGCGCAGCAACGGGUGGGAAUGGGCACAUUGGACCUGUCAACACGCACACAACAAUGGUCUACAGAACAGUGAUAACAAAUGUUGGGAAUGCCUACAAUCGGUUCACAGGUAUUUUUGUUGCUCCUGUCUCAGGUAUAUACUACUUCACUUUCUUUUAUAUCGCUGGAGGAGCAAACCGAUCGAGUCUCGUCCUCAUGAAGAACAACCAGGCUGUUGUGGCAUCCAUUGACCACCAGACCUCACACGAUGAAGCUGAUAACGGAGGCAACGCAGUGUUCCUGCAGCUGCAGAAACGAGACCAGGUGUACAUGAGGCUGAAUCCAAACACACAUGUUUUCGGCAACGAUAGACUCACCACUUUCAGCGGUGUUCUUGUGCAUCAACUUUGAGCAAGACUGAAUUGAUUUGUCUUCUUGUUUUACAGUUUCAAAUGUAAAAUAAAAACGAGAAUUUUGACAAAUCAAAUCGUAGCAAAUAUACUUUAAACAUAUUACAACUCACUAAAAGAUGUUUUCAAUGUAGUGCAGAAAGAAAAGUUCAACUUAGAUCACUUUUAGUAUUUUAGCAUUUUUAGGAGAAAAUGUUUAUAAUCUAAGGGGUACAAAUGUCAAAUUUUAGUCUGUUUUCCAGCUGGAAGCCCAGGAAACUUUUUUUGAAGUUAGAACAGAGUGAUCGCUUGUUUUUGGGGUGGGCAGUGUUGUUUCCUUAUUGUUUGAAUAAAGUAUCAUUAUACUUGUAGAUUGCAGGUUCCCUCUGUAACGUGGUGUUUUGUUUCUACUAACUCUACAUACUCAA